GCGGGAUCUUGGGCGGAGUUUGUGCAGACUUUGCUACAGCGCAUCCGGUGGUGUACUGCUGUACAAUAAAACCCUAAUACAUCAUCACCGUAAAUAACGAGGGAUGAUAUUACAGAAUACUAACGCAAAACAAGAGGGAACGUAAGGACGCUUUCGAUCCUCUAAACGUCAUCACUGGACGUGACACUACGUACCCAAACAAGGGGGCGGAGGAACAGCACAGACGGUCUUACCUUUGCUUCCAGGAACAGAUGCCCAGUCUCCUGUUCAUAGAAAACUGUUGAGAGGAAGCACCUGGAGUUGGGUCUUGCAUACUCUUUUUCUGGGCUUCUGCCAUCAACCACAUCCUGGAUCCUUUUCCCAACAUCUGUCCAUUUACCCCAUCAAGACAAGACUGAAGUGGUGAAUCCUCAGUAAAUGAGCUGUACUGUAGAGAAAGUCCUGGCAGAUGCAAAGGCACUUGUGGAGAGGCUAAGAGAACAUGACAAUGCAGCUGAAACUCUUAUUGAACAGACUACGGCACUAAAUAAGCGGGUGGAAGCCAUGAAACAGUACCAAGAGGAAAUCCAGGAACUGAAUGAAGUGGCACGACAUCGACCACGAUCCACCCUGGUGAUGGGAAUCCAGCAAGAAAACAGGCAAAUAAGAGAACUGCAACAGGAAAAUAAAGAGUUGCGAACUUCAUUAGAGGAACAUCAGUCUGCUUUGGAACUUAUAAUGAGUAAAUUCAGAGAACAGAUGUUCAGAUUGCUAAUAGUUAGCAAAAAGGAAGAUCCUGCUGUGGUUGCAAAAUUAAAAGAACAACAUUCCAAGGAACUUCAAACACAUGUGGACAAGAUCAGUGAAAUGGCAGCAGUAAUGAGAAAAGCUGUGGAUGUAGAUGAACAACAGUUUCAUAAGGAGCAGGAGCAUAUCGCACAGCUGGAAUUUGAGAACAAAGGUUUGAGAGAAGUUCUGCAGAUAACCAGAGAGUCAUUCCUGAGCCUAAAGAAAGAUGACACAUCAGAAAGCACCAGCCUGUCUGCAUUAGUCACUAGUACAGAUAUAAGCCUCAGAAAGAGCUAAGAGCCUAUCAAGAGAUGCAACCUUAAUUUAAUAAACAACACAUUUUCAUCUUUAGGGUCCAAGCACUGAAGGGAAAGGCCUCGGUAAUGUAACUGAAAUGGCUUUUCACAGUCCUUGUUUUAUAAAUGAACUUCAGCCCACUAAAAAAAGCAAAGCUGACAUAGUGAAGUGAAGCCUACUUUGUUAUGCAUGCUGUUCGUAUGGACCAUGGUUGUACGGCAGAUGGUUAUAAAGGUUUACACGUGAAUGCAGACUUUGCUGCAUGUCCAUUCUGUAGCCUGUCGGUGGGAAACAAACUACACUGGAAAAAUACUUAAUGCUGCUUACAUUAGGCAGAAAAGCAACAAUAAUUUUCUGAAAAAUGUGUGUUUUUCACUGUAAAUAUAUUUUUUCAUCUCUCAAAUAUGUCAUCCAGAUUUGCAUUGUUUACAAAGAAAUGUAGAGUCUAAUUAAAAACAAAAUUUCUACAAAAA